AUGACCACGGACAGCUCCAUGCGCACCGAGACCGGCCUCAGCCUCAACGACGUCUCCCAGCCAGCCCCAGGAAAUGUUCCCAACAUGAGAGACAUUCAAAAGUUCUUCAGGUCCGUGCUCACUUCUACCAAGGACUCCUUCCUCAGAAUCAUGUGUGUUCCGUCAGGUUUCUUUUCAAGUGCUCCUACUCUUAACCCUACCUGGAGAUACUUCCGAGAUCAAGCGAUCCCUUUCGGCGACAGCGCAUCUGGCGACUAUGCAACUUGUGCGAAAGUUGCUACUGUCAAGACAUUCAUCACAGAUUCCCCCCCCCACCUCCAACCUGCCAUCCUCCAAGCUAUCCUGGAGGACACAUAUAUUGAUGACGAAGGUGUCGGUGCCAACUCUCCAAGCGAACUCACUACUCUGCAACAAGAAAUAGAAAGGAUCCUUAACAGAGGGGGAUUCUCUAUUAAAUCCUGGGAAAAAUCUGGUGAGAAUGGAAUCAGCAAGUACUUGGGCAUGACGUGGGACAGAGUUAGGGACCUGUACAGCCUGAAGUUUCGCCUCAACCUCCACAAGAAGUCCCGUGGGAUUCCAUCCGGUGCGGAUUUAGACUCAGAUUUCUUGCGAGACGAAUCCGUCCCUGUCACCAAGAAAAACAUCCUAUCUGUUGCGUGUCAGUUCUACGAUCCCUCAGGAUUAGCUGCUCCCCUCAUGUUCUCAAUCCGAGCCCUGUUUAGUGAGAUCUGUUGUGAUCCUCAGUGUUUCAUCAACUCAAUUCUGUCUGACGAACGAACUGCUAGGUUCAGAGAUGCGGUGAGAGAGAUCUUACUAACCAGGGGAAUAUUUUUCUCCAGACAGGUCAUAUUCCAAUACCAAGCUCAACUCUUCAUUUUUUUCGACGGCUCCCUACAGGGUUAUGGAGCUUGUGUAUAUGCUCACUCCGGCGAUCAGUUCAAUCUCCUCUCCAGCUCCUCAAAGAUAUUGGGAAAGUCUGCAUUCUCCGCUCCACAAUCUGAAAUGGCAGGAGCACUACUCGCCUCCAGGAUGGAACAAAAGAUAAAGCAAGAGUUGUUCAACGUCUCCCUUUCCCCUCCUACUUUCAUUGGAGACUCAGAGAUCGUCUUAAAGAUGAUCGCUAAAAAUGAUCCAUCUGGAAACCCUGUAUUUUAUGGAGUCAGGUUGAUGGAAAUCCUAGCAACGUCAUCACCUGACAGCUGGUUCUGGUGUCCCGGAAACCUCAACCCAGCUGACCUGCUCACCAGAUCUGGAACCAGCUGCGCGCAGGUCAACUCAGAAUUCUGGUUGAACAGUAGUUUCUUACCUCAGGAUAAAUCCUCAUGGCCCAUCACAGUCUGUUCUUCCAUCACCUCAGGCGAAAUUCCCACCAGGUCGGUCAACCUCGCUAGAUUAGCCCCGAACCAUCCUUCCCGGGAAUAUAUUUUGAGUCUUUUGCAUCACGAACAGAGCCUCGCCACUGUUAUCCGUGCUCUGAAUCUCCUCCACAAAGUUUGCAGAUCCUGGAGAAAUGACCCCAAUCCUAUUGCUACCUGGAGUUCCAUCAAAUCGUCCAUCAAGUCCUCUGUCCUCAAGUGUUUUACCACGGAGUCGGAGCUCAGUAUUGCCAACAACAAGAUGAAACACCUCUUUAUCCAACUAGUGGACGGAGUAUAUUAUGUGUCGGACCCAAGUUUCCGUUCCAGAAUCGGGGUUCCCCUCAUCUGCAAGAAGACCAUCCUAGCCAAAUGCAUCCUGAAUGAUGCUCAUGCUGAUCUGGGCCACGGUAGAGAUGUCCUCCAUGUUCCAUUUGCUGCAUUUGAGGCUGACGUCCCUGAUGUCCUCAAAUCCAUCCAGCCUCCUUUCUCCUACUGUCAAGCUGACAUUUUCGGACCCGUCUUUGCUCACAAAGACGGUAUCAAAACCAAGAGGUGGAUCCUGGUCAUUCUCUGUCUUUCCAGUCGCGGGGUGAAUCUAGAGGUCCUACAUAACUACAGCUCCCAGAGCAUCACCAGAGGAUUUAACAGAACUUUCGCCCUGCGAGGCACACCUCGCAUCAUUUGGAUUGAUGCUGGUCUCAACAUUGUUAAGGCUGGCAAGGACCUAGUUAACACAGAGAUGAAGGUCAUCUCCGACCUCAAUCUGAAGUUCACCUCCAUCGAAUUCAGAGUUACUCUUCCCAAACACCAUGCCGGUAUCGGAGCAGUUGAAAGAAUAGUCGGCUCUAUUAAGAACACAGUCAGCAAGUCACUCGUCGGCCCUCACCAGCUGACAAUGGACAACGAGGAAUUGCUCACCUGGACACAUGGAGUUAUUGAAAAACUCAACAACCGACGUCUGAUCCUCAGAGCUCCACUGGGAAUCACCCUCACUCCCAACCACGUUCUCCAGGGGUUCAGAGAAGGUUACGGAGACGAAGUCAACCCUGUUGCUCCUAUCAACCAACAGAUCUCCAGGUGGAACUUAGCUCUCAACAUGUUCCACUCACUAUGGGAGCAGGAAUAUACUCGACGCAGAUUCACUGUCACCUGGAGGAACCAGGGCAGCCUUCCCCAGAUCGGAGAUAUAGUCCUGUUCAAGAACGAGCCCAUAUACAAGAAUCCUAUUUCUGCAGCCAGGGUGGAACAACUCCUUCGUAGANAUUCCAGGAAGAGAUUCAGGGGAGAAAGCAGGAGCAGGAAAUCUAGCUCCAGCUCCGAAACCCAGACCAGAGCCUACACAGGAUGA